AUGGCUCCGACGCGCGAUACUCCGUUCCGCUCUGCGGAAAUGAGCAUGGUGCAGCUGUACAUUUCGAAUGAAAUCGGAAGAGAGGUCGUCAACGCCCUGGGCGAGCUUGGCCUGGUCCAGUUCCGAGACUUGAAUGGCGAGCUGAGUGCCUUCCAACGAGCAUUCACCCAAGAGAUUCGGCGACUCGAUAACGUUGAACGUCAACUCCGAUACUUCUAUGCCCAGAUGGAGAAGACUGGAAUCCCCUUGAGAAAGCUGGACCUUGACUUGGAAACCCUUGCCGCCCCUACCACGACCGAGAUCGACGAGCUUGCUGAGCGAAGCCAGGGCCUGGAGAACCGCAUCUUCCAGCUCAACGACAGUUAUGAGACUCUCAAGAAACGGGAGGUCGAGCUGACUGAAUGGCGAUGGGUCCUACGUGAGGCCGGUGGCUUCUUCGAUCGGGCCCAUGGCAAUGUCGAAGAGAUACGAGCCUCAACCGAUGAGGACGAUGCCCCUCUACUACAAGACGUCGAGCAGAACAACUCCGGUCUUGACGUCGAACGCUCCUUUUCUGGAUUGAACAUCGGCUUUGUUGCCGGUGUGAUCUCCAGGGAUCGGGUUGCGGCUUUUGAGCGUAUCCUGUGGCGUACUCUGCGUGGCAACUUGUACAUGAAUCAGUCCGAGAUUCCUGAGCCUCUGAUCGACCCCAGCAACAAUGAGCCGGUCAACAAGAACGUCUUCGUCAUAUUCGCGCACGGAAAGGAGAUCCUGGCCAAGAUCAGGAAGAUCUCCGAGUCCAUGGGUGCCGAGGUUUACAACGUUGAUGAAAACAGCGACCUCCGGAGGGAUCAGAUCCAUGAGGUCAACGCUCGGCUCAACGACGUGCAGAACGUCCUGCAGAACACCCAGCAGACUCUCAACGCCGAGCUCACCCAGAUCUCGCGGUCUUUGUCUGCUUGGAUGGUGUUGGUCAACAAGGAGAAAUCCGUCUACAACACACUCAAUCUGUUCUCGUAUGACAGAGCACGGCGCACCCUCAUUGCGGAGGGCUGGUCUCCUACACAUGAUCUGCCGCUCAUCAGGUCUACACUUCAGGAUGUGAACAACCGAGCGGGUUUGUCCGUCCCAUCCAUCAUCAACGUCAUCCACACCAACAAGACCCCGCCGACCUACUUGAAGACAAACAAGUUCACCGAGGCAUUCCAGACCAUCGUGAACGCCUACGGUACGGCAACUUACCAGGAGGUCAACCCGGCCAUUCCUGUCAUCGUCACGUUCCCCUUCCUCUUUGCCGUCAUGUUUGGUGAUUUCGGCCACGCCUGCAUCAUGCUGUCCGCUGCUCUGGCUAUGAUUUACUGGGAGAAGCCACUCAAAAAGGUCACGUUUGAACUGUUCGCCAUGGUCUAUUAUGGCCGAUAUAUUGCCCUUGUCAUGGCUGUCUUCUCUGUGUUCACGGGUUUGAUCUACAACGACGUCUUCUCGAAGUCAAUGACCCUCUUCCCCAGCCAGUGGGAGUGGGACGCUCCCGACAACUACGUUGAAGGCCAGCAGAUCAGUGCCAAGCUCAAGGGCGACUACCGCUAUCCUUUCGGUUUGGAUUGGAUGUGGCACGGAACCGACAACGAUCUUCUCUUCUCGAACAGUUACAAGAUGAAGAUGAGUAUCAUCCUUGGUUGGGCUCACAUGACAUACUCGCUUUGCUUCUCGUAUAUCAACGCGAAGCAUUUCAAGAAGCCCGUUGACAUCUUAGGAAACUUCAUCCCCGGGAUGAUUUUCUUCCAGUCCAUUUUUGGCUACCUGGUUAUCUGCAUCAUCUACAAGUGGACCGUAGAUUGGUUCGCCAUUGGACAGCAGCCUCCGGGUCUGCUGAACAUGUUGAUCUACAUGUUUUUGCAGCCUGGUACACUCGACGAGCAACUGUAUCCUGGACAGAGCACGGUGCAGGUCUUACUGCUACUUAUUGCGCUCGUACAGGUUCCUAUCCUUCUCUUCUUCAAGCCAUUCUACCUCCGCUGGGAGCACAACAAGGCUCGAGCGCACGGCUACCGCGGUCUUGGAGAGACUCAACGAGUCAGUGCUUUGGACGGCGAUGACGAGGACGACAACGGCCAUGCGAUCAACGGAAGGCCGAGCAUCAACAGUGAUGACGAAGGCGUCGCCAUGAUCACACAGAAUAUUGACGAGGAAGAGCACGAAGAGUUUGAGUUCAGUGAAGUCAUGAUCCACCAGGUCAUUCACACGAUUGAAUUUUGCCUGAACUGCGUUUCUCACACAGCCUCGUACCUUCGUCUUUGGGCCUUGUCGCUGGCUCAUCAGCAGCUCAGUGCCGUGCUCUGGUCGAUGACCCUCGGGCCAGCUCUGGGCAUGUCUGGUGUUGUAGGCGUGAUUGCCAUCGUCAUCUUCUUUGCUGCGUUCCUUCUUCUCAGCGUCAUCAUUCUGAUCAUCAUGGAGGGUGUGUCCGCCAUGCUUCACUCGCUCAGGUUGGCCUGGGUUGAGUCUUUCUCUAAGUUUGCGGAAUUCAACGGAUGGGCGUUCGUGCCCUUCUCCUUCAAGAACAUGCUGGAAGAAUCGGAGGAGCUGAAGGAAUAUCUGGGUUGA